GGACAAUGACUGGAUCGGAUGGGUUGUGAAUCCUCGACUGGUAUUAAUUAAAAAUCAUCAUCUCUUCUCAGAUAUAGAUUUUUCUGUCCAUUAUGACCUAGUCCGAAGUUCUUCACAAGCAACUUAUUACAGUAUACGCUACGAUUCUCUAACCAACAUCAUAUGAUGCAGCUUGCUGACGAAAGCGGCUUGGGGCGAGAUGAAAUUUCCACCUGACUUCAGAUUCGGGGCUGCAACCGCUGCUUAUCAGAUCGAAGGCUCCUGGAACGUGAGUGAUAAAGCCGAGAGCGUAUGGGAUAGGUUUACACAUGAACAUAAAUAUUAUGUGGACUCUGGAAGCAAUGGCGAUAUCGCCUGCGACUCCUACAACAGGUGGAAGGAUGAUGUACGAAUUGCAAAGGAGUUGAACUUACACUUCUAUAGAUUUUCGAUCUCGUGGCCUCGUCUAUUACCGACUGCUUUUUCAAACAAAAUCAGCGACGACGGGAGGAAUUAUUACAAUCAGUUGAUCGAUGCUCUCCUGGAAGAGGGUAUAGAGCCAUCGGUGACUCUGUUUCAAUUGGAUUUGCCUCAAAAAUUACAGGAUCUGGGCGGCUGGGCAAACCCUUUAAUAAUCGAUUGGUUCGCCAACUACGCAAGGGUGGUAUUUUCUCUUUAUGGAGACCGAGUGAAGACCUGGAUAACUAUUAAUGAGCCCCUACUAAUUUGUGAGGUGUCGUACAGCGAUAGUAAAAUGGCCCCUGGAAUCAAAUCCGUUGACUUAGGAAAAUAUUUGUGUGCCAAGAAUGUUUUGUUAGCUCAUGCCACAGCUUGGAGGAUUUAUGAUGAGGAGUUCAGACCGAAGUAUCGUGGUAAGGUUUCCUUGACGAACGUUUUGAUAUGGUAUGAACCAACUACGGACAACGAUCGUGACCUUGCUGACUUGGCGAACCAGUUGUGUAAUGGAAUAUAUACGUAUCCGAUUUUCUCGAAAACCGGUAACUGGCCACAGUCUGUUAUAAAAAUAGUGGACGAAAGAAGCAAAAUGUUGGGAUACCCUUACUCUCUUCUCCCUGAGUUUACUAAAGAAGAAAUCGAAUUUAUAAAAGGUACUUACGACUUCUUCGGAAUGAAUUACUACAUUUCAAAGUCAAUAAGGAAGCCUCUGGUUAACGAACAUAUACCGUUGUGGCCUGUGGGAGUACCGAUAUUGGGAGCCAUUUUGGAGAGUCCACCCACUUGGACGAAUGGAGCUACGAAGUGGUUUUCAGCCCAUCCACCAGGCCUUCGUAAAGUCCUGAACUGGAUCAGACAUAAUUACGGUGAUCAGGAAAUAUAUAUCAUGGAAAACGGAUACGCGACCACCGAUACUGGGCUGGAAGAUUUUGACAGGAUCAGUUACUUGAAGGAUCAUUUGGAGCAGGUUCUGUUAGCCAUGAAGGAUGGAGUCAACGUUACUUGUUACACAGUUUGGUCCUUAAUGGACAAUUUUGAGUGGUCAGACGGCUAUACGAUAAAGUUUGGCCUGUAUGAAGUGGACUUUUCGAGUCCAGAGCGAACGCGCACUCCGAGGAAAUCAGCGGAAUACUACAAGAAUGUUAUCGAGACCCAUUUAUUAUUCCCUGUCUGAUUUCUACGUUAAAGAUGAAUUAUAA